AUGAGUGCAAAUGAAGCUCUAAAGCCAAAAGUUGGUUCCACAAAGAAGGAAGAGAAGCGCAAACAUAAGAAAGAGAAACUUACCCGAGAAUUAACUGCUAAAGACGAAGCUAAAGCAGAGAUGCGCUAA